GCGCCGAUUCUGCAUGGGCGACGGAGGACUGCUGGCCGCUGCCAUUGGAGGGUCUCCAGGUGCCGUUACCUUUGCGCUGCUUCUCUUGUCACUGCCGGCGCCCCCAUGGCUACAGCGUCGCCCUUGAAAGUCAGCAUCGUGGGCUCAGGAAACUGGGGUUCUGCUGUGGCUAAAAUAAUAGGCAACAAUGUAAAAACGCUACAAAAGUUCGCUUCUACAGUGAAAAUGUGGGUUUUUGAGGAAAACAUUGACGGGCGGAAAUUAACCGAUAUCAUAAAUAAUGAUCACGAGAACGUAAAGUAUCUCCCUGGACACAAGCUUCCAGACAAUGUGGUUGCUGUCCCAAAUCUGAAGGAUGCCGUACAAGACGCAGACAUGCUGGUUUUUGUCAUUCCUCACCAGUUCAUUCAUAAAAUUUGUGAUGAGAUCACGGGGCGCGUAGCCAAGAAAGCUAUCGGCAUAACUCUCAUUAAGGGAAUAGAUGAAGGUCCGGAGGGUCUCAAACUCAUAUCUGACAUCAUCCGAGAGAAAAUGGGAAUAGACAUCAGUGUGCUGAUGGGAGCAAAUAUUGCCAAUGAAGUAGCAGCGGAGAAGUUCUGCGAAACCACAAUAGGCUGCAAAAUUUUGGAGAACGGCUUCCUCUUCAAAGAACUUCUCCAGACUCCGAACUUCCGAAUAACAGUGGUGGACGAUGCCGAUACUGUUGAGCUUUGCGGUGCUCUUAAGAACAUUGUGGCUGUGGGAGCUGGUUUCUGCGACGGCCUCCGCUGCGGCGACAACACCAAAGCAGCUGUCAUUAGGCUGGGGCUGAUGGAAAUGAUUGCCUUCGCGAAGUUCUUCUGCAAGGGGCAGGUGUCCACUGCCACUUUCCUGGAGAGCUGUGGCGUGGCAGACCUGAUCACCACGUGCUACGGGGGCCGCAAUCGGAGAGUGGCCGAAGCAUUUGUUAGAACAGGAAAGUCUAUUGAAGAAUUGGAGCAAGAGAUGCUAAAUGGACAAAAGCUUCAAGGGCCGCUGACAUCCGCAGAGGUGUAUCGCAUUCUUCAGCAGAAAGGAUUAGUGGAGAAGUUUCCACUAUUUGCUGCUGUCUACCAAAUCUGCUACGAAGGGAAACCCGUCCAGGAUAUGAUUUCUUGUCUUCAGAGUCACCCCCAGCACAUAUAACGCAUGCCUUGCCAUUUGUUCGCAAUUCCUGCCUUCUCAUAGUAAUAUGUGGGUUCAAAUGGAUAUAUAUAUAUAAUGAAGUUUUGCAAAGCGUUAACCCCGUUAAGCAAUCAUAGCAAAAUGAAUGUCAAUUUGUAGGUAAUUUUCAGUUUGAUGUAAUAGUGCAAUGCCUGGAAUGUCAGCGGUCUUUUUUUUACUGGCUAAGAUUUUUGGUCGAUUUCAGAAUAACGCCAAGCAGGGCUAUCACACUCCUCUGAGUAUCCAUGUAUGUGUCUUAGCAGUAUGGAAAAUGCUUGAUGUUUUUGUAGCCUUCAUUCUGAUGCUUUCUUUUUAUAAAGAGACCCAUCUGGAGCACUCCAGUGAUUAUUGUUGGGGGCGGGGGGAGACACAGGGACACAUCCU